CCUAGUUUGUGCAGAGGAAGCGAAUUGGUCUUUAGGCGGGUGUUAGAGCACAGGCGUAUGGAAACUAGAAUAUAGAGAGGUGAGGAAUGGCAUACUGGCUUGGUUGAUAUUCUCCUCACUUGCUUUGCAUUACUUAGGUGGCUUUCUUGGGAUUUGAUGGCCAUUGUGGGUGGUUGUAACUUCCUCUUUCUAAGUCACCCCUCCAUAUGAGAGUCCCUCACACCACCUUCCUCCUUCCUAGACUUUCCUUGCCAGCACUCGGCUCUGCUCAGCUCUGACAGGGACUCAAGAAAGAAAGCAUGGCUGUGGAUUUGCUGCCUGCUUGGGUGACAGAGUCGCUGACGUUCGGGGACGUGGCCGUGCUCUUCAGCCGGGACGAGUGGUCGCACCUGGACGCCGCCCAGAGACGCCUGUACCGCGAGGUGAUGCUGGAGACCCACGGGCACCUGCUCUCCCUGGGGAUUUCGGCAUCAACACCUAAGCUGAUUUGCCAGUUGCGACAGGGAGAAGAACCCAGCAUGGCGGAAAGCGAAGACACCGCGGGUGCUUGUGGAGGUUGCAAGGCGGAGCCUGGGCUGGAAGCGUCUGGAACAGAGGGACCGCCUGGGGGGAGGCUGAAGAAGGAGGCCGAGCCGCCCGGGGGUGACGUCCUCCGCGUGGGAAGGACCGGGCCCGGGCGAGGGAAGCGCCCGGCCCCCCCGGAGCAGGGGGUGCCCGGAGGUGGCACCCCGAGCUCCUCCGGGGCGGGGAGGGCCUGGCCGGCCCCCCCGCACAGCGUCCCCAUCGAGAGGAUCCCCAACCUGUACUACGCCCUGGGGCGGGAUGGGCCCCCGGAGCUGGGGCUGGCGCGGUUCCUGCAGCCUCCCGCCCCGCGGGGCCGGGAGCGCGGGCCGGGCCCCGGGCCGGGCGGCGCGCACGCGUGCGGCGAGUGCGGCAAGGCGUUCGGCCACCGCUCGUCGCUGCUGGCGCACCGGCGCGUGCACACGGGCGAGAAGCCGUACCGCUGCGGCGAGUGCGGCAAGGCGUUCGGCAGCAGCUCCACGCUCAUCAAGCACCUGCGCGUGCACACGGGCGAGAAGCCGUACCGCUGCCGCGAGUGCGGCAAGGCCUUCAGCCAGUGCUCCACGCUCACGGUGCACCGGCGCAUCCACACCGGCGAGAAGCGGUACGCGUGCGCCGAGUGCGGCAAGGCCUUCAGCUGCCGCGCCAAGCUGCAGCGGCACCUGCGGACGCACAGCGGCGAGAAGCCGUACCGCUGCGCCGAGUGCGGCAAGGCCUACAGCCAGCUGCCCUCGCUGGCCGAGCACCGGCGGCUGCACACGGGCGAGCGGCUGUGCCCGUGCCCGCAGUGCGGCCGCACCUUCACCCGCAGCGCCGCGCUGGCCGAGCACCAGCGCCUCCACGCCGGCCAGAAGCCGCACCGGUGCCCCGAGUGCGGCAAGGCCUUCAACCAGCACUCGUCCUGCGCCGAGCACCGCAAGCUCCACACCGGCGAGCGGCUGUACGCGUGCGGCGAGUGCGGCAAGGCCUUCGGCUGCAAGUCCAACCUGUACCGGCACCAGCGCAUCCACACCGGCGAGAAGCCCUACCAGUGCCGGCAGUGCGGCAAGGCCUUCAGCCAGUACUCGUUCCUCACCGAGCACGAGCGCAUCCACACCGGCGAGAAGCUCUACAAGUGCCUCGAGUGCGGCAAGGCCUACAGCUACCGCUCCAACCUGUGCCGCCACAAGAAGGUGCACACCAAGGAGCGGCUCUUCCGCUGGAAGGAGUACGGCGCCCCGUUCCUGUACGGCGCGGCCCUGGGCGGCCCCGCCGGCCCCCCCGCCGCCGCGCUCCCGGGACACUGA